AUGCAUCCGCUCCAGGGACUCAUCCUGCUGCUCUCACUGGCCUGUGGACGGUGCCAAUAUGCCUCCUUCAGCCAAAGCCCUUCCGAGACCUCGGUGUCUCCCGGACAGACGGUGGCUCUGGAAUGCGCCGUGGCAAACGUCGCAGCGGACAAGGUCAAUAUGAACUGGAUCCGGCAGAGCCCUGGACAGAAACCUGAAGGGGUGCUGUUCUUCAAAACGGAUCUGUCCAUUUACCGAGCUCCGGGGAUCCCGGAGCGAUACGUCCCCUCCAGAGACGCCUCCAACAAGAAGUUCCUGCUCACCAUCCGUGACGUCCAGGAAGGAGACGACUCCAUCUAUUUCUGCUUCGCCUUUUAUGGUUCAGCUGGAGUCCAGACAUGGGGAGAGGGGACCCGCGUGCGUGUGCUGAGGAGCAAUCUGCCCCAGCCCCGAAUCCAGCUGUUCCCUCCAGCCCAGGAGGAAAUCGCCUCCCUGACCUGCCUGGUGAGCGGCUUCUUCCCCGGCUACAUUGACGUGCUGUGGAGGCGAGACUCCCAGGCCCAGGCCCAGGGGGUGAGAACAGGGCUGGUGGCACUGGGAGAGGACAAGACCUACUCAGUGAGCAGCUACCUGACGGUGCCGGCCAGCGAGUGGGGCUCGGGUGCCAGCUACAGCUGUGUGGUCAAGCACGAAUCGCUGGUGUCUGCACUGGAAAAGAGCAUCAGUGCCAACGACUGCAAAAGACAGUAG